AUGGCCUCCGCAUUCACAUUGGCGCAAAGCGAUCAUCACGACUCGCUUCAAGACACUGGCCUCGAACCCCGCAACACCUCGUCCUACCAAAACCAAUCCCUCAACCAUCAAUUCUCUGCAGCGCACGACGCCUCACCUUUACUGUCGCGUGUCAACAGCGAAUCACUCUCACCAUCCUUCGUCCACCUGGAUACUCCCGACGCCUCCCACUCCACACCAGGUCAUUAUCAGGCCAGCGACUACAGCGAUCUCGACGCAGACGAGGACCCCUUCUUUGGUGUCGAUUUUACAAAUCCGCACGCCGUCGGUUCCAGCUUUCUGGCAGAGACCGGUAUAUGGGAGCAAUCCGUUCUUGGGCAUGACCCUGUCGCCGAACAAAUACAAUCAGACGAAAGUUAUGCUGUGUCAUACCCAUUGACUCCAGAGCAAUCAUCCUCACUAAAUAUAGCUUCCCCUGCGGCCAACGGCGCCACCAAUCCACCUACCUCUGUGUCGCCACGAGAUCUCCAACGAAAAUUCAAGGGCGCCACACUCUCUGCCGAAUCGUCCCAACUGACUCCAGCCCCCACGGGUAGUGGUCGCUCUAGCGAGGACGGUCUUGUUCCUGUGCCGGUGCCCAUGCCUGUUCAGAGCCCCAGAGUUACCGUCUCAAACUGGGACAAUGACAAUGGCGUGGCACCUGCCCCCGCCGUGGAGCGCACGUUCGACGACACUAGCACAGUUCGGGGCGUGCAUUCCGUCGGCGAGUUAAUAUCUGGCAGUCGUCCAGGGACACCCAACACUACCAGACGAGAUUCUCUUGGCCGAUGGGAACCAGAUACAAGAACUGGCCACUCGGGCAUUGACCCACGGAAUCGGACAUCUGAGGAGGUCCCCAGCAUCAACGACUUGGUGGCACAAGAUGCUCGUCAAGAGCUGGACCAUGAAGUUGGACGCUGGCUACAAGAGGGCCUUUAUGACAAUAUGGCACCAACAGAAAAGACUGAUGAAGAGAUACAAGCCCUCAACCAGCCACGCGAAGAUGACGACGGUAUCCCUCUGGGCAGCAAUACCGAGAACAAACAUGUUGAGGGACAAAUUUACAUUGACCCCACAGGUGGUCCUCUGAACGAUGAGGACUACAAAAUCAUACAUUCCGCCCACCACUGGGAGUCUGCGCCGGUGUCACACCCAAUCAUCUCUGGUGAGCAAAGUCGCUAUCAACCAGAGUCAUCACAAGCUGCUAUCGAACGAUUCGAACGAAUGCUGCGCGAUAAUGACUCUAUCCUCUCUCGCUCGGCCACGUGGGGAACCCGUCGACGCAGUUUUCCAAGCGUGAUUGAUGCUGAGGGCGUCAUUAGCGGCAAUUUUUUCAAGAAGCUGUCUAUAAGCAAAGCAGAGCCCAGGAAGACUUCCAAACCCACCGGCUUUUUGGCCGAGCUUCGCGGCUUGGUUCAACGAACGAGCUCGUCUUCCAUGCGCAAGAGAUCGAGAAGUCGCUCCAAGAGUGCCCAGGGUGACGAGUUGUAUCGAAAGGACAGCCAGCAAUCAGACGAACGUAGAGAUAGCUCCCCGCAUCUAUCUCCCACCUCGCGGACGUCUAGCUGGGGUAAGCAGCCCACGCCCAGCAUCAACUCUGUCUUUGCUACAAUGGCAACACCGCUGGCCUCUAUCGGGUCAACGCACGCUCGAAGCGGAUCAAUCAGCGGCAUUACACCAGUGGCCUCUCCCAAGAGUGGCUUCUCUCUAGCUGUCGAUAAAGUACUGCGCCGACCUCGCAGCAAGUCCGACCUUCCCAAGACAACACAGCUGAACGUAGCCACCGAGGACCCGCAGACAUCAUUCUUUGACUUGUGGAAAAAGUCUGGUGCCGGCUCGGCCGUCACAGCCCGCAGCAAGCCAGUCUUCACCGCAGGCGCGCCUGAUAUAGAUGAUGAAGAUGAUGACGACGAUGAUGACUUGCUCGAGGACUCGGAAAUGAAGAAGAACCCCAACGAAAUCGACAGCAUCCCGCAUACGUUCGCAGGAUUCCAAGAUCAUACUUUGAAAUUAAAUCCCGGUCUACAAAGCGGUGGCCUUUAUCUCGUCGAUCGCAUUGCGCAUCAACAGGUCAUUCGAUACAAGCAUCUUCUGAACCUCAAGGUAAACCAUAUGCGCCAGGGUGCCAACUGCGCUUGCGGAUCACUCUGCAUGGCGCUCGGCGGCUCGGCCAAGAUUCUGGGCGAUCAAAAAGGCGACAGGGAUCGUAUUGGUGCAUUUGGCACUCGCUUUGAAGACGAUGACAGCCCUGCAGAAGGUAUCAUCAGCAACGAGAGCUUCCCACCCGACAUCCCGAUGCCACCCACUCAGUAUCUUCCCGCAGAGUUUGAAUGUCAGCUGUGCUACCAGAAGAAGAAGUUCCAAAAGCCUUCUGACUGGACCAAGCACGUGCACGAAGACAUCGGCCCCUUCACCUGCACGUGGGAUAAAUGCAGGGACCCCAAGACGUUUAAACGCAAGGCUGAUUGGGUACGUCACGAAAAUGAAGGCCACCGUCACCUAGAGUGGUGGACCUGCGAUGUCGAGGACUGCCGUCAUACCUGUUAUCGCAAAGACAACUUUUUGCAGCAUCUAGUGCGCGAGCACAAGUUUGUCGAACCCAAGGUCAAGACCAAAGCAGCCAUGAAGCGGGCUGGAGGCGUCGAGCCAACAUGGCAAAAGGUGGAAGAAUGCCACAUGGAGACUGAAGAUAGACCGCAAGACGAGCCCUGCAAGUUUUGUGGCCGCGUCUUUCCCACUUGGAAGAAGCUGACGGUACAUCUGGCCAAGCACAUGGAACAAAUCUCGCUCCCGGUGCUGAGACUCGUGGAAAUGAGGGCCAAGGAUCUGGGAGCUGAUUCCAUCAUUAGUCCAGUGCAGGAUCCGCCAGUGCGGCAAAUGCUACCCGUACCCAGCGAUCAGCUGGGAUUGGGAGGUGUAGCCUUUGGCAACCAGGCAUUGCACCCUCACCACGCACAGAUGGGAUACGGACAGAGUGUGGGUGGGUUCGGGUAUGCAAUGGGGCAAGGCAAUUCGCAGUUCUACCAGACGCAGUAUGGAAGCAUGGGCCAGACAAUGCAGACCUCGAUGGCAGACAUGAGCAACGGUCUGAACGGCAUAAGCAACGCCAUGGAUAUGAAUGGCGUCAGUGGCUUCAACACGACAAGUGGCAUGAGUGAAAUGAGUGGCUACGACGCGGAUCGCAGCAUGCAGAAUUUGGGUGGGAGCGCUGGGCAGUUUGGGCACGCGGACCAAUCUUUUCUGAGCUUGAACAGCAGCCUCGACGGCAAUCUCAACAGCAACGGACUGGAGCCAUUUCCAUCUCUGGAUGGACUUGGUGUACAGGGAAUGGUAGGGGACGGGAUGGGGGGGCAUUUGAUGUAUGAAAACAGAAUGAUGGCGCAGCAAAGGACGAGCCUAAACGGUAGUCCUUUCAGCGGGCAUGAGACGUUGUCGACAUAUUCGCAUUCGCCGCACCUACAGGCGACCAACCAGGAGCAUGGGACGUGGGACAACCAAGGGAUGUUUCCUUCGUGA